AUGUCAGGCCCAUUUCAACGAAUGCCUCCGGCUCCAACGCCUCCAUUGAAGGGCUCAUUCCCAUUAGAUCACGAUAGUCAAUGUAAAAGUGAAAUGUUCGAGUAUAUGCGAUGUUUGAAUAGUCAGCGAUCUAUGGGCGGCGAAUGCAAACCCAUCGCCAAACUUUACCUACAAUGCAGGAUGGACAAGGGCCUAAUGGAGUCAGAUGAAUGGAGCCGGCUUGGAUUUAACGAAGAAGACAUCAAGAAGGCCGAUCAGCUCAAAAAGAAGUGA